AUGGUGAAGAGGUACUUACAACUUGAACCAAGAGUCUGCCUGAGGUGCAAACCUCAGCUACAUCCCAGGAAGUUGUUCCUGAGAAUCCCCUGGAACCACCAGCACCGGCUGAACUGCGUGGCUUGGCUUGGAGCGGGUUCGAAGACCACCUAGACGGUACAUUAACGAAUCCCGACGAAAGACAAGCCAGUGCUCCAGUUUCCUAUCAGAAAAUCCUACUGAUGACGGUUAAAUCAUGUACGCGUUCAGAGCAUGUUUGAUUGCGGAGUCCUCAUUAGUAAUUAAUUUAGCCUUAAAUGAUGACUAUGGCCUGGAAAAGGCGCCAAGAAAUUAGAAGCCUUUGAAAAAGACUUUAAACGAUAGGAGAUGUGAUGUAAAAAGGCCGCUUUGUAAGAGCUCACGCAUGCGUAAGGGGAAGAAUUAAAGAUGGUGUUUACGUUCUCAUUUGCACAAUCGAUCUCACUACUUUAUUCACACAAAUUCUUGCCUUAUAUCCACACAACAAAAUUAUUGUAGCACAUGCAGUGCUCGUUGGACCGUAAUUCGAAAAACUGUGGCAGAAAACUUCAGUCUCUUCAGAGAGCAUGAACUUGCAAAUUCCGGACAACAGGUUAAAGCAAAAGAAAAAGAAUAA